AAACGGUCCAGCAGGAGAACACGUUUAAACAAAACAGAGAAGAAGAGACACACAAAGAGUUAGCGCUAGGGUUAAAAAUACUUUACAUCCGUUACAUAGAGCUGUGCUGAAUGGAAGCAUGUUUUAUGUAGUAAUUAAACAUAACCAGGCUCGUUUAAUAUGAUAUAGAGAGAGCUUCUGGGGGAUGAACUGAACAUUGUCUUUUUCUCUAGCUUAGCUUGUUAGCUUAGCUGGAGUCAAACCUUUUCACGUCCGUGUUCAACCAGGAACGACGAGACGCUGAAGCUGCGUUACAACUGAGCUGGGCUGUGUUUUAUAAAUCUAACGGCACGUUUUGGGUCAAUGCAUUCAGCGUUUGUGGGUCAGUUUUGAAUAAAAAGCGUCAGAAUUCAUCCUCCAACAUAAGGAAGUCUGAAUUAAAUGUUGUUCGAAUAUUUGCAAUUCGCGCGAGAUUUGACAGUUCUUCCGAUGAACUAAGAAAGCGAAUUUUUGUUGCUUUCUAUGAAAGUACAACAGAACAGGCUGCUUGAAUUUGGUCCUGGAGCUGCUCUGGAGGAUUAUCUGUGAAAACAUCUGGCAAAACCGUCCACACUUUGACUUCUGUUCGUUUGGAAUAACGCUGGAGAGGUUGGCGCAAACAUGAUUCCCGAGAAAGCCCCGAAGGAGAACGUCCUGCACUGCCCCGAGGACCUAAAGAAGGACUCCCACAUCCCCAGCUAUGAGAAAUACAAGGAGCUCUAUGCCAGCUCUAUAGAGCAUCCAGACGAGUUCUGGGCUGACAUUGCAAAAGAUUUUUUCUGGAAGACCAAACACACGGGGCGGUUUCUGGACUACAACUUCGAUGUUACCAAAGGAGAAAUCUUCGUCAAGUGUAUGGAAGGAGCCACCACAAACAUCUGCUACAACGUGCUGGACCGCAACGUCCACGAGAGGAAACUUGGUGAUAGAGUCGCCUUCUUCUGGGAAGGCAAUGAGCCCGGUGAUGACCUGACAGUGACCUACAGAGAGCUGCUGCAGAAGGUCUGCCGCUUCGCUAAUGUCCUAAAAUCCCAGGGUGUGAAGAAGGGCGACCGUGUGUCCAUCUACAUGCCCAUGGUGGUUGAGCUGGUGGUUGCCAUGUUGGCGUGUGCCCGUAUCGGAGCCGUUCACUCCAUAGUGUUUGCAGGUUUCUCUGCUGAGUCUUUGUGUGAGAGGAUCAUCGACUCUCAGUGCUCGCUGCUUAUUACUGCAGAUGGCUUUUAUCGAGGAGAUAAGCUGAUCAAUCUGAAGCUCUUAGCUGAUGAAGCACUGCAGAAAUGUAGAGACAAAGGUUUUCCACUCCAGAAGUGUAUAAUGCUGAAGCACUUAUCAAAAGAACCAGAGGCGAUUGUGGACUCGCCGUCUCCUCCUGCCAAACGAGCGUGCCCAUAUCUGGAGCAGGAGAAAAGGACAGGGAAAGUAAAGAAAACGCAUCCCGUUCCAAAGGUCCCCUGGAACCCACACAUGGACAUGUGCUGGCACUCUCUAAUGAACGAAGCUUCAGACGAGUGUGAACCCGAGUGGUGCGAGUCUGAAGAUCCUCUGUUCAUUCUCUACACCAGCGGCUCCACCGGCAAACCCAAAGGGGUUCUUCACACGGUCAGCGGAUACCUGCUCUACGCUGCCAUCACCUUCAAACUGGUGUUCGACCAUCAGCCUGAUGAUGUUUACUGGUGCACGGCAGACAUCGGAUGGAUCACCGGACACUCCUACAUCACUUAUGGGCCCCUGGCCAACGGGGCCACCAGUGUCUUGUUUGAGGGUCUGCCUACGUACCCCGAUGUGAGCCGCAUGUGGGAGAUCGUGGACAAAUACCAGGUCACAAAGUUCUACACGGCUCCAACGGCCAUCAGGUUGCUGAUGAAGUACGGCAGCGAACCGGUGCAGAAAUACAAGCGCAAAUCCCUGAAGGUCCUGGGAACAGUGGGGGAACCCAUUAACCCUGAGGCCUGGCAAUGGUACUACAGCGUGGUGGGAGAGAGCAGAUGUCCUGUUGUCGACACCUUCUGGCAGACUGAAACUGGAGGACAUGUGUUGACUCCACUACCUGCAGCCACGCCCCUGAAACCUGGAUCCGCUACGUUUCCAUUCUUCGGAGUGGUACCAGCCAUCCUAAAUGAGUCUGGAGAAGAGCUGGAGGGGUCGAGUGAAGGAUAUCUGGUGUUCAAGCAGCCGUGGCCGGGUGUGAUGCGGACCGUGUACGGAAACCACGAGAGAUUUGAAACCACGUAUUUUAAGAAGUUCCCGGGAUACUACGUCACAGGGGAUGGUUGCCGUAGAGACAAGGAUGGUUACUACUGGAUAACAGGAAGGAUAGAUGACAUGCUGAAUGUCUCAGGUCACCUGUUAAGCACAGCAGAGGUUGAGUCGGCCCUGGUGGAGCACAAAGCCGUCGCUGAAGCUGCUGUGGUGAGCAGACCUCAUUCUGUGAAAGGAGAAAGCCUCUACUGCUUCAUCACUCUAAACGACGGCGUGCCGUAUAACCAAACACUGGAGGCAGAGCUCAGGAAGCAAGUGAGAGAGAAGAUCGGGGCCAUCGCUACACCUGACUACAUCCAGAACGCACCAGGUCUUCCCAAAACCAGAUCUGGACAUCUUCUGCUCCGGAACCGUAGCCCGACGCCUCCCCAAUACCCACAAUGGUUUUCUGAAGUGUUCCUGAGCUGUGGUGGUGUCCGUUACAGGAUGUCGGUUUUUAAUGCGGUGCUUCCCGAGGGGUCAAAGGGAAAAUCAUGCGACGGGUGCUUAGAAAAAUCGCUUGCAACGAGAAGGAUCUGGGCGACAUCUCCACGCUGGCCGACUCCUCCGUCGUCGACGAGCUCUUCAGGAACAGAUGCUGCACCACAGCGUGAUGACCUUCGGGAUCCUUUCCAAAGAGGCGCCGUGUCGUGAGUCGCCAACAAACAGGGACGCAGAAGAAAAGCCGAAGCAGCUCGGAUUCCACCUGAAAGCUGUUGCUCGGAAAUGUGGCUUCCUUCCGAUGCAGCAGCAGAACGCCGUCUGCUCUGUAAACAUAAAUGCAAGCCACUGCCUUGAAAAUGUUAGAUUUUCCAGCGACGGAGAGAGCAGCUGCAGCCUUGGUGAAGGCAACAUUUUACUUGGUUUUCUACCAGCGUUGCAGCCGAUAACACACAGCAAUAUCCCGAAGGUAGCUACAGAAUCCUCUGGAGUUCCCGGUCUCUACGCUGGCAGAAAACCUGACGUCUCUCUAACUGCCCUCAGUUAAAUCUAAGCCAUACUACUAUAAAAUACUCUGUUGUCCUUUUUUUUAAACGCAUCUGUAACCUUUAGUUUGUUUUUAUUUGGACUGAAUUGAAUCAGUUUGUGGUGUCUUCUGUGAGCAUGUUGUUGGUCUGUUUAUGUCGUCAGGCAGAAACUAGGGAAGGAGUUUGGCUUAAAACCUCGAAAAAAGCUCUUGUUUGCUCAUCGGGAAAAAAAACGUUGAUUAAAAAUAAACCUUCAAGAAGUUUAAUGUUUUACUCUGAAAUCAGACAUAAAUAAGAUCUGAGCUUUUCUUCUGUUUAAAAUGAUGUAGAAAAGUCAGUAACCGUAGUUGUAAAUAUUCAUGUGAUUUAUUGAUUUUUUUUGGGGCGGAAAUAAAACCAGAUUUUGGAUUUGACAGAAUUAAUUCUGUGACUGAUGAGUGGGAACGUGUUUAUUAAGUCUGCAUCAUUAAGUCCAGUAAUCUCCACUCAUCUGUUUUAUUGCAUCAUUUUGUUUUAUUAUUUGAAUCAGUUUAAAUGCAUCAGGAAACAUUAAACUUCAAACUUACAUGGAA